AUGUCGACCGCGAGCGACACUCAGGUGGAAAGCAAGUUUCAAAGCUUGUCUAUAACCCGCACAGAUGUCGUCGCGAAAGAAGCCUCCACUCCGACACCAGCCAACCAAGAAAUUUCACUUCCUCAAACCUUCAUCGUGAAGUACUUGGGCAAACGCGACGCUUCCGGCCUGUGGGGCAUCCGACACACUCGGGAGCCGAUCGACGAGCUCGUCGCAGCGGCGAAAGCCUUGAAACGUGGCAUGACGUUGCCGCUGCUGAGUCUAGAGGUCAGCAGCAGCGGGAUUCGCAUCGACGAGCGGCCCGGAAACGCGAAUAAGGAUUUCGAAGCUGGGUUCCGGUCCAUCAGAGAAAUAUCUUACGGGGUUCAGGAUUUGGCGUAUACCCGGGUAUUCGCCAUGAUCGUCGUUUGCGAUGGGGACCUGAGAGACACGCACCCGUUCACAUGUCACGGCUUUGUUUGCGAUUCCCGGGAGACUGCAAGAAGACUGACAUUCGCUCUGUCGACAGCUUUCAAAGAAUACGGAGAGAAACUCAAAGACGAAAAAGUGGCAAAGCCUAGAAAAUUUGCCAUUGAUUUGCGAAGUCCUGAAGAAAUUCAAGCAGACCUGAACGGCGCUCAGAUCGACGAUUCGGAAGCCUGACGAAGGAAAAAAAAAAACCUCAGCUUUUAUUUUCAUUUUAUUUUAUUUUUUGAAUUAGGUGUUCAUUUCCUCAUUACGAUAUCAUCAGCGGAAAAAAAAAAAUUUUCCCCGCGGAUUUUUUUUUUCGGUUUCGAAAUACGGGAAAAAUAGUUAGGCUAAUUUCUUUUCACCCCCUUUUUUUCGUCUUCUUGUUCGACGAAAAAAUUCUGACAUCGCCUGAAACGACUUUUUUUGAAAGAUCGGGAGGCGUUAAGCAGCUGGUAUACCAAAGAUUCUGUUCAUGUUCCACAAUAUGGAGAUUUUUUUCCCUCGUUUGAGCAACAAAGAAUAGCUAUGGGCUGUGAUAUGCCUAAUAUAUUUUUAAAUCGACAAAAAGA